UACACUCCCCUCAACAUAGAUUCUGCGGCGUAAGCUAAACAGCUUCUCGAGCAAUAGUGCCAUCUAUGUUGUGUAUUGUUGUUUAUUACAACAAACACGACAUCCAAACAACACGUUUCCGGCUAACCCUUCACAGUCGCAUUGAAACCCACACAGGCGAUCGUACACAGGCGAGCUUCGUGAAGCUGCGGCACAAUGUUGCAGGAGGCAGAGUGCGACGAACGUGCCAGUGUAAAGGCUCAGCUUAGCCCUGGUAGUGAUGACAAUGGCAGCGAAUGGACACAGUUAAAAAGUAAAAAAGAGUUACGCCGAGAGCGUAAAAAACGCAAACUGCUAGCACUGUCCGCGGUGAUGCUGUUGAAUGAGGAGGAAGGCAUCGGCAAACACAGCAAAAAGCAACAGUCGAAUCAUCCAUCGUCUUCGAACGCGGUUAAUGAGGGUGGUGAUCUAGAGGAAACAUCGGCACAAGAGACGGAGGCAAACAACAACUUGUUGCAGCAAAACAGUUUCAGCGGGCUUGCCACAGCCAACGGUGGUGACGAAGAGUUGCGGAAAAUAUUAGCCACCAAUUGUACCGCAUUCAAUAUCAGUGAGCGCAAAGAGGAACCCACAUCCGUCGGUGCUAAGCGGCGGAAGGAAGAGUGCAGCGGAUCGGUGAACGAUAACGCCGCUGAGAGUAGCACACUUGAAACGGUUGGCAGUACACUUAAUACCGAAACCGAGUAUCGCGCACUGAAGGCGUACGUCAAUCAGCGGAAAACUAUGCGCUACGUACCCCGCAUCAUACUGAAACCGAUCGGGUAUAAUGCACAGCUCGAUCGAAAUGAGCGCAAAGAGGAACGAAUCCCGCUGCUGCUGGACGACAUCCAAGCGCUGCUGAUGCACACUAUGCUACGAACCGAUUCACCGGUAGCUCUCCGUUGGGCAACGAUCGAUAAAAACACCAAACUGACGCACACGAUGGUACUGAUCGUGGAGGGAUUCUCGUGCGAAGAUUACAUUACCUAUCGGGAACAUAUGCCCAAAUGUUCGAACACAAUUUUUGGCCCACAGCUCACCCUACAGGUGUUAUGCCCUUGGACGAAGAUACUAGAGGAGGUGGCAUGUGUACCGCUGAGCGACACGCACAAAGACAUACUUGUGGCCGAGUAUGGGUCGCUUGAGGCGGCGUUGCGCACGUGCAAAGAUCAGAUGCUGAUGCGGAAGAGCAUCUUCAAGACCAUUCAACCGUCCCGUACGGCAAACUAUAGUGAUAUCGAUUUACCGCCGGGCGAUAAAUUUCCCCGAACGUUGCUACUUCUCUCCCCGAUACAGAUGAUCAACGAAGGGUACCCUAUCCCACUAGCUGGAACACUGCAAAACAAGUACAAAAACUAUGUAACAACAAGCGAUGUUUAUAAACCGGUCACACCACGUUCGCCGAUGUUUGGUAUUGAUUGUGAGAUGUGUGGCGUCGCCGGUAAUCGGUCGGUGCUGACACGCAUUUCCAUUGUCGACGAAAUGGGCCACAUCGUGUACAACACACUGGUGAAACCGGCCGAAAAAAUCGUGGACUAUCGUACACAGUUCUCCGGCAUUACGGAAGAGAAGCUACGCAACGUUUCUACCACUCUGGCAGAUGUGCAACGCGAUCUGCGCCAACUGUUACCACCGGACGCUAUACUGGUGGGGCAUUCGAUGAACAACGAUCUGGAUGCACUUGAAAUGUUGCACCCGUACGCGAUCGAUACGACCCUCAUUUACAACGUGACGGGCAAUCCGGUGCACAAGCAGAAGUUGCGCAUUUUGACCAAAAAAUUUCUCCACCAGGACAUCCAGACCGGUCCCGAAGGUCACUGUUCGCUGGAGGAUUCUGAUGCCACUUUAAAGCUGGUAAAGCUGAAGCUAGCCAACAGUAUCUACUUCGGUGAUCAGUGGCUAGAGGAUCGGCGCGAUUACCAUAGCUUCCGCACCCGGGCGGGGCGCAACGGUAUCGCUCAGGAUGUACUGAAAGAAAAGGGCCAGAUAGCUGGCAAGCAACAGCCCGAGAUUACCGCGACUCUGUUCUCGCACGCAAAAAAGCGCAACAAAGUGUCAGCUAUCUUUACCAACGCAGACGAGGAGUUGCGUACGUUCGAAGCCUACUUCGGAGACACAAUUCGUGCGCACGGUAAGCAAGCUGCCGCUUCGCAACAGUGGCUAUCGCUGUGCAAGACGUCAUCACCGGUUGCUACGAUUGAGACGGCGGCGAAAGAUUGUUUGCAGUACGAUUUUAAUCUUGCGUACGUUCGCCUACCGGAUGAGGAAGAACAACCCGCUACCGAUAAACCGGCACUAGCGAAACAGAUCGAUAGUUGGGUGAACCGGCUGCAUAACGCGCUAUCGCUCAACGGGUUGCUAGUGGUAUUGCUGGUCGGUAAGGAACAGCCGAACCAAUCAAGCUCUCGUACCCGCACUGCAGUCGCCAUGGUGCAAACAAAGAAACCGUCAAAAUAACCGUAAGUCAGCAUGGUAAUCGACAGUUAAGAUGAAUGAUCCAUGAAAAGAGAGCAGAUAAUUUUUCUGAACGUUUGAAAAACAUCAUAAUGUUAAUGAGAAAAUGUUACAAAAAAAACACGAAUUAAAUUACUCCUUUACUUGGGUUCUUCCGAACAUCAAGCGAAAUCUCUACCAUGCUUUGUUUUGGUAUUGUUUAUUUCUAACCAGCUGUAGCUGUAAAGGACUACGGCAAAAGGCCAAGUGAUUGUAAUGCCUAAUGAUAAGUAGCAUUAG